AUAAAACGUUACUGUGAACGUAGUAUGAUUUCAAAGAAGGUGAGAGUCAAAAUCUUUGAUUAAUAUUUUGCCUCUGGAUUAAAUUUUAUAAAUAAACUUCCUGUGUGCAUGUAAGUUGUAUUGAUCGUAUAUUGUUCGACGUUUUCUGUCAAUUUUAAAGGCACAGUUCAGCCUUUUGAAUGAUGGUUUUUAAGGCGCAUUUCAACCCUUUUAAUUGAAAAAAACUAGGAAAAUCAAUUAAGCAUAAUUCAUUUUAAAACGUUUUUAAUAUUGAAAACAUUGAGUUCACUGAUCUUGAAUUAUGCUUAAUUGAUUUUCCUAGUUAAUUUUUUCAAUUAAAGGGCUGUAAUACGCCUUAAAAACCAUCAUUCAAAAGGCUGAACUGUGCCUUUAAUGAUCAUGUUUUUUCUUAGCUAAAUGGCUUUGUUGAUCGAUAUAACACCACCCUCUUGCUCAAAGGUAAGCUGUACGUUUCAUUCAGUAAAAUUUGUGCACGUCAUAUUUGUUCCAAAUACAUCAGUUCAAGUGUCUUCCCUCGGUUGUGUCACACUAAAAAGUUUCGCGUCUCUGUAAUCCGUUCUUAUUUAUCAAUGGUACCAUGCACUGUACUUCGGUUCAUGCGGAAAUACGGUCGUUCGUUGUCAGUUACGUAAUCUAUUUUCGCCAAAUCAACAUACCAAAACCAAAUGUUCAUUUGACUAAUUGGUCUGAUCAUAGAUGGAAAACUACUGUAAACCAAAAUUAGGGAGAUGUCUAUUAAAGAGGUGCAUAUUCGUAUUAGAGAUAUGCCGUAUUAGAAAGGUGUCCGUGUUUGAGAUAACUAUUAUUUGACUGAACUGCAUGUGAUCGCUGCCAACGAAUAAGGAUUGGAUUGUACUAUAAUGACUUCAUUUCGUUCACAGAUGGAAAACAUAAUGAAGAUGAUCAAUACGUUUCAAUGUCGUCCCCACUUCGGAAUAUUGAAAACUUCUUGGAAUGUCUGACGAAUGCAGAUAAGGAUGGAAGAAUUUUUAUUGACAAUCAAGGUAACUUAUUAGCAUUUUUUCAAAAAUUUUUUCCCCAAGGUUAAAAUCAGUUAUGCCGCUUCGGAAUUUAAAACAAAAACGGCAUUUGGCCGUAACAUGAUAUAAAUGUAGUGAAAAGGAUAGCGUAUAGGAUACAGUGUAUAAAGUGAUUGAAUAUUAGAUAAAUUGAUAGAAUAUUACACAUAUAAAUUGAAUUUUGGCAUUUUUCCUCAGUACGUAUUCAGCCUGGGGAGUAGCGUCUUCGUCAUUGAUCUAUCCUCUUAUAUAGCACCACCAUGCACAUGUCGUCAUCCUGAGCAUAAUUCCUUUCACUUUAUUUUAACAUUUUAUUGUGUCGCGCUUGGCUUUUCUCCAUAGAUUAUUUUUAUCUCUUCCACAUACGUGUUUGCAUGGAGCUAAAAUUAGUACUGUGCUGUAACACUCUCCAAAUUAUGCUCCAAAAGACUUUAAAGAUUGUGAAAUAUGAAUCUGGUGUACGUUAAUAGUUGCUUUCAAAAAUGAUUAAAAAUACAGUGGCUACGUUUCGGUGAAGACACUGCAUGCAUCUUGCUUAACAAACUAUUUAAAUAUAAGAACGUUAAUUAUAAACGCAUGUAACGUGCAAUGAUCAUAAAAGAAUAUAGUAAUGAAUGAAACUGGAAAUAAUUCGUUUCAAGUUUUCCUCCAGAUGCAUAAGCUGAUUUUAAUGUCAACUGAAAUGGGUCUAUAACAUCUAGGCAGGGAUCAAUACAAGCAUUUUACUAUACUACCUUUCUUUCGGAAGUUUUAGAACAAUACCCACUGAAACUCGCAUUGACUCCUCUAUUUCGGACGACCUUAUGAGUAUCGAGGGUUACGAUAUACUGCGCUCUGAUCGAAAACGAAAUGGAGGGGGAGUAUGUAUAUACGUUAGAUGUCAUGUAAACUAUGAAAAUCGUCCAGAUUUAAUUCCAAACGAUCUAGAAGCCGUUUGUUUGGAAAUUAAACAAGCCAAUAGUAAGUCUUUCAUUUUUUCGAGUGUUUAUAGACCACCAAAUACAACUGUUGAGACCUUUUCAAAAAUUGAAAGGCUAAUUCAACUAGUGGAUAAUGAAAACAAAGAAGUUUACAUGUUAGGUGAUCUGAACUGUAAUCUACUCGAUUCAAAUUUGUCGAAUGUUAAAAUGCUUCAGGAAAUAAUGCAACUGUACCAAUUAACACAAAUAAUUGAUGAUCCUACACGUGUUACUAAAUCUACAAAAUCAAUACUUGAUGUUUGCAUUAAUAAAUCUUCAAUCCUGUCCGGAUAAAAUUAUUCAAUCAGGCGUGGUGCAUCUUGGUAUAAGUGAUCAUAGUUUAAUCUAUGCAACACGUAAACUAAAUUCUGUCAUUAAAGGAGAUUCUCAAAAUCCGGUUGAAUUUAGAAACUUUAGGAAAUUUAAUGUUGAAAGCUUUCUUAGUGACUUGUAUGUGCUUCCGUGGGUAGAGCUUGACUGGAAACAAAACGUGGAUGAAAUGUGGGAAUGCUGGAAAACCUUAAUCCUUAUUUCUUCAAGUGCUUGACAAACACGCAGCGAAGAUUAAGGAAAAGAAGAAAAAAGAUUAAGGAAAAAGGGUAAUGUUCCCUGGUUCAAUAAAACUGUUAAAAAUAAGUUGUUCCAGAGAGACCACUUUAAGCGCGUAGCAAUAAAAAACAAUAAUGAAAAUGAUCGGAAGCUGUACAGGUCAUCUCGAAAUGCUGCAAAUAUUGCCUUGCGAAAUGCUAAAAAGGAAUACUAUGCAACAAAAUUCCUCAAUAACAAAACGAACUCAAAACAUGCGUGGAAAACAGUUAAUGAGAUACUAGGAUGAAGUCAGAAGCAAAAUAUUGUUAAUGAAAUUAAUUUACUAGAGAAAACAGUUACAUCAACUAGUGAACUGGUCAAUGUUUUUAACGAUUAUCUUAACGAUGUUGGUCCUAAACUUGCUGAAAAAAUUGAAUACGAACACAACUGUAGGUUUCGAGAUUUCAUUCCUCAACAUGAACCAUGCAGUUGAGAGAUUUAUUUUCCAACCUGUAAAUGUUGCAACCGUUUACAGGCUUAUAACCAAAUUAACUAUCUCCAAAGCUACAGGUAUUGACGAAAUUUCAGCUAAUUUAAAGUACUAAAGGCUGAAGCUCCUGCUAUUGCAGAGCCUUUAACAAGGAUUUUUAAUACGUUUAUUGCCACUGACAGAUUCCCGAUGGAGUGGAAAGUAGCACGAGUAACUCUAAUUUUUAAAAAAGGCCAACGGACUAUGUUAGACAACUAUAGACCAAUCUCGAUUUUACCUGUGGUCAGCAAACUGAUGGAAAGGAUUCUGUACGACAUGUAUGAUUAUUUAAAGAAAUAGAAUAUUCUUUCAGAACAUCAGUUUGGUUUUAGACAAUUUCAUUCCACAACUACCACACUUUUAGAUUGUACUAAUGAAUGGUAUAUUAACAUGGACCGUGGCCUGUACAACAUAGUUGUUCUUCUCGACUUAAAGAAAGCAUUCGAUACUGUCAACCAUGAAAUUCUUUUACGUAAGUUCGAACGGUAUGGCUUUGGUAAUAAAGCCCUAGAUUUACUAAGUAAUUACUUAACAAAUCGAACACAAAGAUGUCAGCUAAAUGGAAUGCUUUCAGAUCAGUAA